AAUGAAGCUGCCAGUUCUGAUGGACAAGAAUCAAGCGAGGAAACAGAAUUGAAACGCAGAAAGAUAGAAGCACAGAAGGCCCAAGCAAAUGCUCGAGCUGCAGUUCUGAAAGAACAGUUAGAGCGAAAGAGAAAGGAAGCAUAUGAAAGAGAGAAAAGAGCCUGGGAAGAACACCUGAUAGCGAAAGGGGUAAAGAAUCCUAAUGUGCCUUUUCAUGUGGGAGCUACAGAGCACAGUCCUGUGCAUGGACCACAAGAGCUUGGAGCAGCUCUUCCUAAGCCACAACUUCCAGUGAAGCCUGGUAUACCAGUCAUCUCCAUGACAUCUGCUUUGAAGGAAGUGGGUGUGGAGGAAAGCGUAACUGCUAUCCAGGAAGCUGAGGAGGAAAUAGAAAAGGCAGAUCUUGGAAUGCAAAAUAAACGAGAAAUACUGAGAAGAUUAAAUCAAAAUCUUAAAGCUCCAGAAGAUGAGAAAGGAAAAAAGGAGUGUAAAAAUAUCGCUGAAUCAGCUGGGUCUGAAGGUGCUAAGGAACAACAAGAAGGUGACUCUCCUCUUCUAGGAGAUCGCAAAAAAUGGGAAUCUGAGGUAUCUGAGUUGGUAGUUCCUCUAGCUCAGUUAUCAAUGGAAGAUUCUCUCUCCGGAACAGACCGUCAAACUCUGGGGGAAGUAAUUAGGUUCGAUAGUGGUGAACCCCACAGGAAGGUCUGGGGCAAAAGCCCUACUGAUUCAGUCCUGAAGAUCCUAGGAGAAGCAGAGUUGCAGCUGCAAACUGACUUGCUUGAGGAACUAGAUGUCAUAAAUGGUACUGCAGAACUUCUUGAAGGAGAUCAUCAGUCCUUAAUUGUAAAAGAGGAGAAAGAAGAGAAAGCUUUUCCUACAGACAGAGCUCAGUCUUCUGUACCAGUUGGUGUCACAGAGUCUGACGUGACUAUACCAGAAGAAUCUCAAAGAGCUGGACCUCCCCAGGUGCAGAGCAAACCUAUUGUGCUGGAUGAGCCUGAUGAUUUGGAAGCAGAGAUGUUGGAAGAAACUGAAGAAGGUAAAAAGCACCAGAGUAAGGAGAGUAAGGAAUUUCCCAUCACUGUCAGCGAAGUGUGGGUAAAAGAGAAAGAGGAUAAGACACAAGAUGACAGAAGAAAUGAGGCAGCUUCUGAGGAAGUACCAUUUGGCAAGGUGCAACCACACGAGGAAGCUCCAGAAGAAACUUGUUCCAGUGACUCUCUGCAACCUGAACCCUUGUUCCAGAGGGUGAUGCAGCCCCCGGCUGUACCAACAACCUCGCCAGUUCUGUCAGCUCAGUCUUCGCAGGAAGAGCCUUUUGUACCUCGUUUGCGUUCCAUAUCACCAGCAAAAAAUAAAGGCAAAAGUUCAUUGCUGAUUGGACUUUCUACAGGGCUUUUUGAUGCAAACGACCCAAAGAUGUUGAGAACAUGUUCACUCCCGGAUCUUUACAAACUGUACAGAACUUUAGUUGAUGUUCCCAGCGUGGCAGAUGUGCAGCAACAUCAUCUUGAAAUAGAUGAUAUGGAAGAUGAGCAAGCCAAAGAAGGACCCUCUGAUUCUGAGGAUAUCGCGUUUGAGGAGGCAGACACAGAUUUGCAGGAACUCCAGGCCUCAAUGGAACAACUGCUGAGAGAGCAGCCCAGUGAGGAAUUCAGCGAAGAGGAGGAGUCGUCUACUUUAAAGGCCAAUGUCAUCGAAUGCGUCACAAAUGGUACGGAGCUGGAUGAAGGAGACGAAAAUAACCCCAGCAGUGAAAGUGCACUUAAUGAAGAAUGGCAGUCAGAUAACAGCGAUGGAGAGAUUGCCAGUGAAUGUGAAGAAGGCGACAGUAUCUUCAGCCAUUUGGAAGAGUUGAGAUAUAACCUGGAGCGGGAAAUAGGCUUUGAUAAAUUCAUUGAAGUUUAUGAGAAAAUAAAGGCUAUACAUGAAGAUGAAGAUGAAAAUAUUGAUAUUUGUUCAACCAUAGUUCAGAAUAUUCUUGGAAAUGAACACAAACACCUGUACGCCAAAAUACUUCACCUAGUAAUGGCAGACGGAGCCUACCAAGAAGGUGAUACAGUCAUACUGAAGUUUAAAAACUCGCAGAGCCACAGACUGGGAGAGUUUUUUCACGUUGGCCGCACAACAAAAGCCAACGCCAGGCAGACUGCGCAGUGGGAAGGCUCGAGCGAGGCAGCGUUUGCUUUGCUUCGGCAUGGCCUUGAGAGUUCUUUCACAAGUCGUCCCCGAGGUCGAUUCUAUCGG